UUUGGUCACACUUCUAGGUCCUAUAAAAAUGGCAUAUUGAAGACCUUCACCGUCGCGUCCUUCUGCUGCCACGAUGAAAUUGACAAGCAGAUUUUCACUUUACUUAUCUACGUUCAUGAAAGAAUAAGAUAAUGUCUAGCACCGGCUCAAACAAUAGUGGGCACACUCAUGAAGAAGGGCGCGAUGACUUUGCUCACAACCUAUCCGUUGCGACCGUCUUCUUCAUAUUUUGCAGUUGUGGAAUCGGAGCUUUCCUACUUCAAUUAGGCAAGCGUAUUCAUCUCCCUUACACCGUUCUACUACUGGUUAUUGGAAUUGUCUUUGGAUUCAUAUCGAAGUUGAGUGAAGCGUUACAUCAGUAUGCUGUUAUUUCUGAAGUGGACCCUCAUCUCCUUCUUCACAUUUUUUUACCUAUCCUCAUCUUUGAAUCAGCUUUUGUCAUGGAAGCUCACACGUUCAUCAAGUCCUUUUCACAGGUGCUUCUGUUGGCUGUGCCAGGAUUGGUCUUUGCCUCCUUUCUGACUUGCCUAAUGGCAGUGUAUCUGUUCCGCGACUAUAACUGGGGAUGGAAUGUCGGCAUGAUGUUUGGUUGUAUUCUCAGCGCAACAGACCCUGUCGCUGUUGUGUCACUUCUGCGAGAAUUGGGUACCUCUAAGCAGCUGGCCAUGCUUAUUGAAGGUGAAUCUCUACUGAAUGAUGGAGCAGCCAUAGUUCUCUUUACUGUCUUUCAAAAGAUUCUCUCUCCAAAGGACUAUAUGGGAGGAGGAGAGAUUGUGUUACAUUUGUUAAAAGUAUCCAUUGGGGGCCCGGUUUUUGGCUAUGUCAUGGCGCGACUGACUUUACUCUGGCUGUCACGCAUUUUCAACGAUGCACUGGUUGAGAUAACUAUCACUCUGGCGUCCACCUAUAUUACAUAUUACAUAGGGGACGUGUUUCUAGGAGUCUCAGGUGUGAUAGCUGUGGUUGUCCUGGGCGUUGUCGUCAGUGGUGGAAAGGCCAAUAUCAGCCCAGAGGUGGAGGUCUUUCUGCACAGAUUUUGGGAAGUGCUGGCAUACCUGGCAAACACACUAAUAUUUAUCCUGGUUGGACUGGUGAUUCAAGAGAAGGCCAUUCAUGAUGGAGAGAUAGAAGAAAUGGAUGCCUUCUAUGGAGUUGUUCUCUAUUUUGGUGUCAAUGUUAUACGUUUCAUGGUGCUGGGUCUACUUAUGCCCAUCCUGAGGCACAUUGGCUAUGGACUGAGCGUGAAGGAGAUGGUUGUGAUGACAUGGAGUGGAGUACGUGGAGCUGUGGGGUUAGCCAUGGGACUGCUGGUCUUGCAGGACCCUAAUAUACACCCCCAUGUCAAGAGUAAGGUGUUGAUCCAAGUCUCGGGUAUUGUUGUACUCACUUUGCUCAUCAAUGGCACCACCAUCAAACUGCUGCUAAAACUACUGGGUAUGAGUGAUGUGUCUCAGCCAAAGCGUAUGGCCAUGGCCAGUGCUGUACGUCAUCUGAAGGACCGCAGGGAGAAGAGUCUUAAUAUCUUGAAAACAUCCAGAUUUUUAGCAGAUGCUGACUGGGAGUUUGUGGAAAAGGCUUCAGAGAUUGAUGAUCCUUAUGAAACCACAGACAGAGAGGCUGACUUGAGUGGUGCAAGUGAUAUUCGUGUUGCAAGUACUUGCCCUGAGUGUAAAACUUCUUUGCCUCCCAACCCCACCCCCAAGGAGUUAAAGGAGAUGAAGAGAGAAGCAACCCUACGCAUGCUGAAGGCUGAGAAGAUGAGCUACAGACGCCAGUUCCUAAACGGAAUGCUGUCUAGAGAAGCUGUGCGUAAACUGAAAGAAUGUGCUGAAGUAGCCCAGGAUAAGGACAGGUUUAUUGACGUAGCUGAUAUCAAGGGGAGUUGGCGCGUGCCAAAUUGGAUCAUCAAAAUGAAGCGACUAUUGAAAAUUUGGACAUAUAGACCAGAGCAACCAGUGAAAGACAAUCGGAUCCUGCAGGUUCUGCAUGAAAUAACAGUUUCUGUGUUUUUCACUAUGGCUGUGUGCAUUGUGGUUCUUCUGGACAUGGGUCUAAUGGUGCUGGAAGUCUACGAGGUGUUUUGGGAUGGGGGACUGCAAGAACACAAGAUGAAGAUCACCAUAGGCUCUGUCUUUAUCAUGGCUCUGUACAUCACAGAGUUCAUUCUAAAGGUCAUUGAUCAGAGACUGUCCUACUUCUCAUCACGCUGGAACCAGUUUUGUGUGUUUAUCAUAGUGGAGGGUGUGGUUGACUUGAUUCUUCAUGUGGCUUUUUACGGGACACACAGCCAGGAGCCAUUUAAAACCAUACUCUACAGCUUCUGCCUGUUCAGGACUAUUCGCUUAGCUCGUCUCAUAGAGCCAGUUUUACCCCUGUUGCUAGUUUACAUCAAACAUGUGGUGCACAAGCGGUUGAACUUCGGCUACGAUGUGGGCCGUGGAUAUGUGACUGGGGAGGAGGAGGUCAGUAAGCUGAUCAACCACAUCAUAGACAAUAGCGAGAUUGCCAAACAGCUCAUGGAUGGGUCCAGAAUUGGGCAGCUGGAGGUCAUCAAAACACUGGGUUUACUUCAGAAGCAGCAUCCUGAUGUGGCUAUGUCCGUGAAAAGUCGACAGGCAGUACGCUCAGUAUUGAACACCCUGAGAGACUCCAUACGAGGACUGCACGAAGAUGGCAUACUGGAUGAUACAGAAAGCACAGAGCUAGAAACUAUGGUUGAGAUGAAGAUGAAGAGGUUACUCACAGCCCCACCACUUAUGACUCCACCACCCCCAGAGAGGCUGCUGAAAAAUGUCGCCUGGCUGCAGGGGGAUGAGACCCUCAUCAAAUACAUCAGGGAGCGAGCUGUCAUGGUGAACUUUAGUUACGGUGAUGUGAUCAUGCGGCGAGGAGAUUUCACCGAAGGGAUCUACAUCCUUGUCUGUGGCUUAGUUAGGAUGGAAUCCCCUCAAAAUCUGACCUCAGAUGUGACCGAUAAAGGCUCUGCCGUCAUGAAUGUUGAUUACCUGUCUGCAGGAAAUGUGCUCGGGGAAAUUGGCCUUCUGACUCGCCAUGAACGUCAUGUUACCAUAUGGUGUGAAACAACAGUUCAGGCAUUUUUUGUGAGUAAGGCUGACAUGUUGGAGGCGUUUGUGGAGUUUCAGGACAAAGAGCCAUCCCUGGAGUAUUGCCUGUGGAGAGUGUGUGCUAUAAGAAUAGCCACGGGUGUCCUACUGGAACAGCCAGCUUACUACGGGCUGUCCAAGGACAAGGUUCAGAUGCAUCUUGAACCAUCAUAUUUAGUGAAUACAGCUGGCUUGGAUACCUUUACAGUAGAUUCAUCCAUGGUAGACAUUAUCCUAAUCUAUGGAACAGUGAAAGAUGUCUAUACGAAAGAGAUAUAUGUAGGACCAUAUUACAUCCCAUGGACAGCAACAGAAUUGGAGUUUGUGUCAGAUGAUAUCAAGCCUGUUAUAUUAGUGGUACCUGGAGACGAAGCUAGCAAGAACAUAAACACAGCCAAGGACCAUAGUAAUGUGCCACAGAAACAGACGAAAGCAGCCAACAGUGGACUUUGUCUUUUGCAUGCAUCCAAACUAAAACUGGAAGAAAGAAAUAAGAAGAAUGAUUCCAAGACGCAGGAAGAAGAAGAAGGCGCAUUCACUGCAACACAACAGGAAGCUGACGCCAUAGCAAAGCAGAAUGAAAGUUGGACCAUCGACCCUGAAAAUACUUCCUCAUCAGCAAGCAAGGAUAAGAAAGAUACUGAUUCCAAUGAUAAGCCAAUGGGUUGUCUCCAUGGAACUAGUGAAAGUGAACACUCAGGGGGUUCCUUAAGACGAACUAAGCACAUAGAUAAGGAGUCUGUGUCCUUAAGUCCGUCUGUGGCCUGCAUGGGCCCAUCUGUGGCCUGCAUGGGUACCACUGAAGCAAAGAUAUGUCUGCCCUCUGUUGACACACCUAGUGCCACCUCUGUAUUAGACCGUUUAGAGAGCAAACAGCCUCCUCGACCUCCUAUAUUGCGCAAUCGGACUCUCUCCGUAGAUUAUAACAGUGUUGGGCAGCGGGCUGACAGAUUUAAUUACCUCCAAUAGCAACUGCCUUCAUUUACACUUCUAACAGUCACUUUGACCUGAACAUCUCAUAUUUAGUGAUAAACAGAAACUGUUAUGUAAUUGAUAGAUAGAAACUAUGCCUUAAUAAACUGUCGUGUAAUGAUAGACCGAGACAGCACUUAAUCUGUUACAUAAUGAUAGUGAGAAACUGUGCAUAGACUGUUACAUAACGAUAGACUGCUUAAACUGUUACAUAAUAUUAGACGAAAGCUGUACUUAAACUGUUACAUAAUGAUAUACAGAAACUGCUUAAACUGUUACAUAAUAUUGGACAAAAGCUGAGCUUAAACUGUUACAUAAUGAUGGGCAGGAACUGCUUAAACUGUUACAUGAUAAUAGACAGAGAUUGUGCUUAAACUGUUACAUAAUGAUAGAAGCUGUGCUUUAUGUAUGUAAUGAUAGAUGAAACUGGCGUUCAAACUAUUAGGUAAUUAUACAUAGAAACAGUGCUUAAACUGAGGCGUUCAGCGCAAAUCAUUCAUUUGUUCUGUGCUUCAGUUGUACAGUGUGUAGGUAGAUUGUGGAGAGAUAAGUCUGUAUCUUUUUGGGAAUGUAUAACUGGAAUGAUGUCUUUGAGAGUCCCAGCGGUUUCUAAGGUGUUAGUGUUACAUUUCACGUGAAUAGCCCUUUUAAUAAGACUAUAUCUUGUAAAUAGAGCAAAUAUAGUUUACAUGAAGUUUGUAAAUGAAACCAUCUUUUCUGUUUAAAAAUAUUGUAGAAGGCUACUUUGUAAUAUUUGAUUACUUGUGUUCGAACAUGGCUGGCCCUAAUGAGCGAGAUAAUAUUAAUUUAUUAAGAAAUAAAUGUUAUAAAAUUCCAUGUUUUACCACCAGAAGAUCGGUUGUAAUAUGAUUUGUUCGAUUUUUUUCCCCAAGUUUUUAAUGUUUGUCAUAA